UCCGGUUCACACAGUUCCUGUUGCCCCCAGGGUCCUGCUGUGGCUGCCAGGAUGGCUCUCCAGGGAGGUGGUGCCAAGGAGCCCGAGACCCACAGCGACCGCUGCGUCCGGCUCUGUAACCCGAACAUCGCGACGAUGAAGGAGGACAUCCUCUACCACCUCAGCCUCAGCACCAGCUCGCACGACCUCCCGGCCAUGUUCGGGGACGUGAAGUUCGUGUGCGUCGGGGGCAGCCCCUCCCGGAUGAGUGCCUUCGCCAAGUACGUGGCCUCGGAGCUGGGCCUGGGCCGGUCGGGCGAGGACUACCCCAACAUCUGCACGGGGACCGACCGCUACGUCAUGUUCAAAGUGGGGCCCGUGCUGUCGGUCAGCCACGGCAUGGGCGUCCCCUCCAUGGCCAUCAUGCUGCACGAGGUGCUCAAGCUGCUGUACCACGCCCGCUGCUCGGGCGUCACCGCCAUCCGCCUGGGCACAUCGGGUGGCAUAGGUCUGGAGCCCGGUUCCGUGGUGAUCACCCGGCAGGCGGUGGACGCCUGCUUCAAGCCCGAGUUCGAGCAGCUGGUGCUGGGGAAGCGCGUGGUCCGCGGCACUGACCUGGACGCGCAGCUGGCGCAGGAGCUGCUGCAGUGCUCCGCGGACCUGGGCGAGUUCCCCACGGUCGUGGGCAACACCAUGUGCACCCUGGACUUCUACGAAGGGCAGGGCCGUCUGGACGGGGCCCUGUGCGCCUACACGGAGCAGGACAAGCAGGAGUACCUGCGGGCGGCCCACGCGGCCGGCGUCCGAAACAUCGAGAUGGAGUCAUCUGUCUUGGCCGCCAUGUGCAGCGCCUGCGGCCUCCCAGCGGCCGUGGUGUGUGUCACCUUACUGGACCGCCUGCGGGGGGACCAGGUCUCCAGCCCCCACGACCUGCUGGCCAAGUUCGAGCAGCGGCCGCAGCGGCUGGUCGUCCACUUCAUCAAGAAGAGGCUGGCGGGGGCCUGAGGUCCCUGCGUCCCGGAGACGGAGCGGAGCUCGUCGCGGCUACAAAUAAAAUCGCUGUCCA